AUGUCAACAUUUCAUCAUUCUCCAUUUGAUGAUAACAACAACAACCUAAAUAACUUAAAUAACCUUAAUAACAACAUCAACAAUAUCAACGAUAUUAACAACAUCAACAAUAUCAAUAACACCCUUAAUUCUAUUAAUUCCCUCAGCACUCUUACCUCCCUCGAUAAUCUCAAUCUCAACAACCUGUUUGACUACAAUUCAAAUAACUUGCAAAACAUUCAAAAUAACGGCAACAUUAGCCAAAAUAACUCUCCAAAUAACUCUCCCAAUAUCUCCUCAAACAUCCCUUCAAACAUAAUCAACAGCAAUAUCCCUAAUCCAGUCCUGUUUCAAAAUGGUUAUCAAUUAUUCAACCCACAAUUCCAACAAUUUCCAACCGUUAACCAAGUUCCACCGCUUCAACCAAUUCAUCCUCAAGUUCUGUUUCAUCCUAAUUUUCAAUCUCAAUUAAAUCAAUUCCACCAAAAUUUUUUGUCAAAUCAAAACCAAAGCCAAAAUCAAAAUCAAAAUCAAAAUCAAAAUUUCCCUCAAACCCAUAUUCGCCAAUUGUCUAUAUCAAACCAUCCAAUCAAUCAACUAAAUAGUCAAUUCAAUCACCAGUAUAAUAACAAUUCCCCAAAUAACAACAACAACAACAACAACAACAACAACAACAACCAAUUUUAUAACAAUACCUUACAGCAAAUCCCUACUUCAUUCAACCCAAACUAUCCUUUGCAAAUCCCAAUAAUGAACCAAAAUCAAAUUCCUUCAAUCUCUUCAACCCAGGCCCAACUCCAACCUCAAUCAAAUAACCACACCCACAAUCACACUCAUCAUCACACUCAUAAUUCAGUGCUUAAUUAUCAAGUAGCAGCCAAUAUUCUGAUUCCUAGCCAGUUUCAACCCAUAUCGGCCAACCGAACAUUCAACUUAAUUCCUUCUAAUGACCCCCUAAUAACUAAUCAAUCGCCUUCAAAUCUUUCCACAGAUUCCAGAGACUCCACAGAUUCCAGAGAUUCCAAAGAAUAUAAUAAUUGCGAUCCCGAUACUAGCACUAAAAAUAUCAAAUCCGCUAAACUUUCUAAAAAUUUUAAAAAUUCUAAACCUUCUAAAACCACUAAACAUGCAAAAAACAAAACCAUUAAACCCACCAAAACCAUAAAAACAGCAAACAAAAACAACAAUAAAUCCAGCAAAAACAAAAAAAAACACUUUCUUGUUCAAUCUAGCGUUACUACUCCUAAUAACAAUGAUAUCUCUCACGAAAUUGGUUCCAGUAAUCCCACUACCGCCGAUACUUUAAAAAGAAAAAACUCUUUAACAUCAAAUUCUUCUUCACCUGAAAUUUCGGGUUUGUUAGCUGGAAACCAAAAGCAAAAAAUUACUAAUAUUAAUAAGAAUCACAAAAAUAAUACUACUGACAAUAUAAUCAGCAAAAAUAUUUCUCCAGAGUUUACUGACUCUGAUAUUAAUGCCCUUAAAAAAGCUCUUUCUGUUGCUGAAGAAGUUAAAUGGAAACACAUCUCAAACCAAUUAGUGUUUAAAAGAAAUGGCAAAAAAUUAGCUGCUCAUUCCUGUUUUCAGAAAACAAAUGAAAUGCUAGGUCUACCUUCAAACUCAAAGAUUUAUGGGGAUUUGAAAAGCAGUCUUAGUUAUGUUAUCCAUGGUUGGGAAAAUAAUGUUAAUCAUGGAGCUAAUCAGCUUAAUGAAAAUAAUGAAAAUAAUAACAAUGAUAACGAUAACAAUAACGAUAAUCUUAAUCAUAAUCAUAGUACUAAUUAUAACCAUAAUCAUAAUAGUUCUAUUAAUCAAAAUCAAAAUGAAGUAAAUGCUAACAAAAGCGAAAAUCUUAGCAAUAACAAUAUGAACACUAAUAUUGAUCAAAGUCAAAAUUUCAAUUCAAUUAAUUCAAACAAAGAAAUCACAAAUAAAUCUUUUUUUCACAAUAAUUCGUCUCCGGCCAAUAACAUUGAAAACAAAUCUACCAAGUAUAAUAACAACCAUAGUUAUAAUUAUCUUUUAAAUGAUCCAACUGAUAAUGACAAUAAUAAUAAUAAUUAUUCUUCAUUAAAUAUUGAUUCAAAUAUUCAGAACUUUCUGUCAAAUUCGAAAAAUAUUUUGCCCUAUUAA